AUGCAAUCCACUGAUUCAUUGAGAGAAUUAAAUGCCAAGCUCUUAGCCGAGAUUGCCGAACUUAGGAAGGAGAAUGCUGAGAUUUCCGAACUUAGAGAGAAGUUGCUAAAAUUUGCUGAGGUUGAGGUUGAGAAUGUAAGGCUGAAGCAAAUUAUUGAAAAGAAUGCAAGGCGUGAUGCUGAGAAUGUUGAACUCAAGUCUAGAGUCAGAGAGCUUGAAGCUAGACUUGCAUUAUUAGAACAGGGUUCAGCAGUGGAUAAGAUGGUGUUGUCAUUUGGACGAGCACCUAGUGAUCUUGAUGGUAAUGAUGAGGAAGUGGUCAAUUUCUUGGAUGAGGCAUAUAAGAAAAGCAUUAGUAAUGAGAUUAGAGAGAGGAGGCGGGAAAAGAAGCAGAAAGAUCAAGAGGCACUCGUAAUUUCUCAGAACGUGACUAAAAUCCCUGAGGUUACGGACAUGUUAACUUCAGAGCAAGAUGAGCAAGACUUAUCACAAUCUUAUGAGGCUAGUUCUGAGAGCAUAAGAUCCGCAUUUUGCAUCUUAUCAAAGCAACCGCAAGUUAAUGCAUCCAAAUUAACAUGUAAUCUUGAAAACCGUGAAGAUUCUUCACGAUCAGAGUUAUGUGACAUGGAGAAACUUAAAUCCGAUUUGCAUAAUGAAGUUAUUGCCAAGUUGGAUAAAAAUAUAAUUGUGGAACAGGAGUUAAAGCAACAGUUAUUAACACCUGCACAUACAUCUACAUCAGAUCAAACUUUAGAAGAACAGGAUCCAUCUUCAGAUACCGCACAAAAUAUAGUUUGCAUGUUCAGGAAAGCUAAUAAGCUUGGUCAAGAAGCAAUUUUAUNA